GUGAGGGGCUCCAAGGAAAACAAGGCAGUAGAAGACUACUCCUCUCCUCCUCCUUCACUCCUACUCUCCUCCACUCCUCCGCGUCCACUCUCUCCUCUCCAUUCACAGAGUAGAGAGCCCUGCUGCCCGUCGGACCAGACCCCACUGCAUGGACUACCGACGCUCACCACAAGAAAACUGUUUUAAAACACUUUUAUUUGACUUUGUCUCGAGCGAAGAUUUGACGGGUUUACCAAGGAAGCUCCUCCACCAUGAGGAUUUGUUGGACUUGACUUCUCAGAGAACAGCAGGAGUCAGCGGGUUAGUAAACACUGACAAAAACUUUGUAGCGUUCUCUACCCGGCCGAAAAGCACGAUCAGGUUGUGUGUUUUUUGCAGCCAGACCCCAGGGUGGUUUCCAGGUGUGUCCCGUUGCCACGUUGCUCCCAAACAGAGAGAUGGGUUCAGACGUGCGUGACCUCAACACUCUACUGCCUCCAGUGCCCUCGCUCUCUGCCGGGCCUAACUCCAGCUGCACCGCCCUGCCUGUCACCUCUGCCCCGCAGUGGGCACCUGUGCUGGACUUCCACAGCGCCCCCACCUACAGCUCCCUGGCCCCCCACUCUUUCAUCAAGCAGGAACCCAGCUGGGGGGCUCCGGACCCCCACGAGGACCCCCACUGCGGCCUAAGCGCCUUCACCGUGCAUUUCUCGGGGCAGUUCACGGGCACCGGGGCCUGUCGCUAUGGGGCGUUUGGAGCCCCGUCGGCCCCCAGCCAGCCCACCCCCACCCACCAGCCCAGGAUGUUCAGCAACGCACCCUACCUGACCAACUGCAUGGACACACAGACGCCCUCCAGAAACCAGGGUUACAGCACCAUGGCUUUUGAUGGCAGCAGCAACUACGGCCACACCCCCACACACCACACCCCCCAGUUCUCCAGCCCCGCCUUCAAGCACGAGGACGCCAUCACACAGCAGAGCAGCAUGGCAGAGCAACAGUACAGUGUCCCUCCUCCGGUGUAUGGAUGUCACACCCCAUCAGACACCUGUACAGGCAGCCAGGCUCUUCUACUGAGGAACCCUUAUAACAGCAGUGAUAAUUUAUACCAAAUGGCCUCUCAGCUGGAAUGCGUGGCAUGGAAUCCUGUAAACACGCUGGCUUCUACCAUUAAGAGCCAUGCGGCCGGUUAUGAGAGCGACCCCAACAGCCCCAUGGUGUACAGCUGCAGCACCCAGUACCGCAUCCACACACACGGGGUCUUCAGGGGACUACAGGUGGGCUAC